AUGGGGCGCUACCUGGGAGAAUGUAUUUGUAACACAUCUGGGCGUUCUCUCAGAGCGCUUUCCUUCAGGCGAAAUGAGAUCCUAAGACCGCACAGGCCACACCUGCAGGUGGUCCCUCCCAGGCGGCUGAGCUGGGCGGGGCAGGAGAACCUGGGCCAGCUGACGGGACGCCGCAGGGAAGAGGCCGCGGCCCCGCCGUGCCUUCCCGCUUUCUGCGGGCGCCGGGCACACACGGACCCCGCCCCGAGCAUCCCGGGUCGCCGGGCGGCCGCGGCCGUGAAGGGCCUUCGGGUAGACCUAAGGGGUGCGGCGGGCCGACCCUGGGUUCCGAAGCGGGAGGGGCCUCGAGAGGAGGAGGCGGCGGUGGCGGAGGCGGGCCACGAGCUCUUACUGCCAAACGAGAGAAGCUUCCAGAAUGCUGCGAAAAGCAAUAAUUUCAAUCUUACGGAGAAGCUGUUAGAAAAGGAGGUUAACAUUAAUGCUGUGAACAAUAUGAACUGCACAGCCCUGCAUUUUGCAGUGGGGGCAAAUCAUUUAUCUGUGGUGGAUUUCUUACUUAAUCACAAGGCAAGAGUGGAUAUUGCUGAUAAGCACGGCUUGACAGUAAUUCACCUUGCAGCCUGGUGUGGAAGUCUCGAGAUCUUGCUCAUGCUCAUUAGAGCCGGAGCAGACCAGAGGGCCAAGAAUCAGAUAGGUAUGUGGGAUGGAAUGAAUGCCUUCCACUUUGCAGCUCAGAGCAUUAAUGUACGCAUCGUGGAGUACCUCAUUCAAGAUCUGCACUUGAAGGACUUGGACCAGCCUGAUGAGAAAGGAAGAAAACCAUUUCUUUGGGCAGCUGAGAGGGGCCACAGUGAAAUGAUAGAAAAACUUAUCUUCCUUAAUCUACAUACUUCAGAAAAAGACAAGGAGGGGAAUGCUGCCCUGUAUCUUGCAGCAAAGCAUGGUCACAGUUCUGCGGUCCGGGUGCUGCUAACCCAAUGGCAAGAAAUAAAUGAAAUCAAUGAGCUCAACAUCAGUGCUUUGCAGAUGGCAACCCAGAAUGGCCAUACAUCCCUCGUCAGCUCUCUUCUCAGUGAGAAUGUUGAUCUGCACCGGAAUGCAGAAAGGCAGCAGACUCCUUUGCAUGUUGCUGCUGAUCUUGGCAAUGUGGAACUGGUGGAAUUCUUGCUGAAGGCAGGCUGUGACCUGAAGAUUGUUGAUAAGCAAGGGAAGACUGCCCUGGCCGUGGCCUGGAGGAGCAACCGCAGCCUUGUUGUGGACAUGAUCAUUAAAGCAGAGAGAUACUACGCCUGGAAAGAGGAGCAUGGUGAGAGCAUCAGGGACCCAUCACCCAGCUUUACUUUGACAUUCAAGCAAGAUCACAGUUUGGAGACCAGACAUAUUCGCAAUCUCCUCUGGAACCUGGCUUACCAUCAGCUAAAGGCCAAUGAGUGGCAGAGGCUGGCCUGUUCAUGGAACUUUACAGAUAACCAGAUCAGAGCCAUUGAGGAGCAGUGGUCAGGAAAGGGAAGUUUCCGUGAACACGGCCACAGGGCUCUGCUCAUCUGGCUGCAUGGAACCCUGAUGACACAGGCCACUCCGGUCAAGCAUCUGUAGGAGCUGGUACGCACAGGUUUCCCAGAACUAGCCGGGUAUCCACAAGAAUUCUCAGGGGAGACUGAGGCAGUCCCCUAA